CCCCACGCUAGAUCUCUCGUGGUUAGUGUUUUCAUCUCUUCUUCUGGCCUCUCGUUUCUUCUUGCAAUUUAGUCCAGAAAUAAGGGAUGGUACCCAUGACCAACAAGUAAAUAAAAGAAUUGGCAUAAAAGUAAAGGGCACAAAUAGAAACAAUCUCUUAUCCCACUGCCCCUGCCCUUCCCCCUCAGACAGAAUUCCCAGUGAUUCCACCUCUGGGGAGAGGAACGGCUGGAAUGGACCCACUUGCAGGUAUUCAAAUUCGGUCCCUUGAUGUCACAGAGAAGAAACAAAUUGACCAGUUUGCCAGUGAAAUUGAGAGACUUGAUGUUCUCUUCAAUGUCACUGGUUUUGUCCAUCACGGAACCAUCCUGGACUGUGAGGAGAAAGACUGGGACUUCUCGAUGAAUCUCAACGUCCGCAGCAUGUACUGGAUGAUCAAGGCCUUUCUUCCUAAAGUCUCCAUUCUAGGUGCAGAAGACACAGAACACUAAACAAAGUCCCUUCUAUAAGAGAGAUCCCAUUUUUGAGAAGUGAGACAAGAUAAUGGGUAAUGAGACAUAUAACUUGGGGAGUGAUUAGAAGUACUAUGAAGACAAAGAAACUGGGAUAUCAGGGGCGCCUGGGUGGCACAGCGGUUGAGCGUCUGCCUUCGGCUCAGGGCGUGAUCCCGGCGUUAUGGGAUCGAGCCCCACAUCAGGCUCCUCUGCUNCUGACU